CACACUACGCAGGCAGGGCGAAGAGGCAGUUAACUAACUGUUAAUUGAUAGCCCACUGCGUCGCCAACUAACCUUUUCCCAUAUUCCCAACUCAACCCAUUAAGUGCGAAAUCCACACCCGCAUCACCAGAGGGGCGUGGGCGGGAUCGGAUGGGGCGCUGGCUUUGGGGCCAAGCUGGAGGCUAAGACGCGGAUGCGGUCUAUGCACUUUGCGCACACAAACAACAACGGCAGCGGCAGCAACAACAACAACACCAACGACAGCAAUGGGCCAAAACAAACAAAUUCUGUUAUAGACGUCGACGUCGCUGUCAUUGUUGUUGCUAUUCCAUUUUGGACAGCACCUGCAAUUUGAGUUGUAGUUUCAGUUUUAGUUUUGGGUUCCUGGCGAGCAGACGCUCCAUUGGACAGUUCAUACACAUACAUAUUUGUACUUUUGGUUGAUUUGCGAUGCUGAAAUCGAUAGUGACCGUCAUCCGUUUGCACCUGGAGGAGCUGUGGCUCAGGAUCCUGGGGUACAUCAUGCGCCGCUUCCUGCGCUCGGCCAUGAUCGUCUUCAGCUGGUUCGUCGUCCCCUACAGCCGGUACACCAACAUCAAGGUGAUCCGGCGCAAGUUGCCGCCCAUCCGGAGCCACCUGCUCGAGAUUCCCGCCGUCGACCUGGCCAAGCUGAUUCGCACCAGAAAGAUUAAAAGCGAAGAAGUCGUGGAAGCCUACAUUGAACGAUGUCGACAGGUGAAUCCCCUGAUAAAUGCCAUCGUGCAGGAUCGCUUCGAGGAGGCAUUGGAGGAGGCUCGGGAGAUAGACAACGUGAUAGCGAUGGGCAUCAACAGCGUGGAGUCGAUGGAGGAGCUGACCCCGUUGCUGGGCAUCCCGGUGACCGUCAAGGAGAGCAUUGCCGUCAAGGGCAUGACCAACCAGGCAGGUCGCGUCUUCAAGACGCCGCAGAUAGCUAAGUCGGAUGCGCCGGUGGUGGAGCAGAUCAAGCGCUCCGGCGGCAUCAUCCUGCUGGUGUCCAACACACCUGAGCUCUGCCUGCUGUGGGAGACGUACAACAACGUGACGGGUCAGACGAAGAAUCCGUACGACCUGAAGCGCACUCCGGGCGGAUCAUCGGGCGGCGAGGCGGCCCUUCUGGCCAGCGGUGCCUCCCUGCUGGGCCUCACCUCGGACAUUGGCGGCUCGUCGCGCCUGCCGGCCAUGUUCAGUGGCAUUUGGGGCCACAAGCCCACGCCGUAUGCGGUCUCCUUCCGAGGUCAUCAUCCGACGAGUGACUUCCCCAAGUGGGGAGACUUCUUCACCAUCGCGCCGAUGACCCGCUACGCCAAGGAUCUGCCGCUGCUGCUCAAGUGCAUGAGCGAUCCCACGGGUCCCAAGCUAACGCUGGACAGGCCGAUCAGUGUGAAUGGCAUCCGGUUCUUCUUCAUGGACAACGAUGGGCCAUCGGGCAUGAUGCGGCCGCUGAGCAGGGAUCUGCAUGCGGCCAUCAACCGCGUGGCCACCGAUUUCAAUGCCAAGCGGGUGAACAUACGCAAGAUGAAGUGGUCGCUGGACAUCUCGCUGUCCGCCAUGCUGACCAUGAAGAACAUCGAGACCAUCUACCACAAGACGGAGGAGGGCGAGGAGCCCAAGACCGUGUGCAAGGAGACGGUCAAGUACUUCUUCGGAUGCUCGGACAGCAUCCUGCCGUCGGUGAUCUUUGGCCACCUGCAGAACUUCAUGAAGAUCAUCCCAAACUCGCGCCACAAGCACCUGGCCAGCAUCAUCGAGGCGCUCAAGACUGAAUUCAAGGAGAUGCUGGGCAACGACGGCGUCUUCCUCUACCCGACCUUCCCCAACACGGCGCACCAGCAUUACCAGAUCUACCACAAGCUUCUGGAGCCCAUGUACAUGGCCAUCUUCAACACGCUUGGCUUGCCGGUUACCAACUGCAUGAUUGGUCUAGACCGGCGCAACCUGCCCAUGGGCAUCCAGGUGGUGGCCAAUCCGGGCCAGGAUCACCUCAGCCUGGCUGUGGCCCGCGAAAUGGAGCGCCGCUACGGCGGAUGGGUGCGUCCUCCGUCCGAGGACAGCCACAGCAGCAGUGGGAGCAGCAAGCAGCGUGGCUAGGGUGCGCUGACAGGAGGAUUGGCUUUAUCCUGUGCGUGAUUCAUUUGUACUUUGUUUUGUUAUUAGCUAAUUGUACACUGUCGAGCAGUUAGGGAAUUUCAGAGAGACUUUAAAUGGAUUUAGACAAAUCACUGUUAUCAGCCGAAGUUGGCUGAAUGGUAGAAAGGAAAGGAAUCCCUAGAGCAGCCUCUAUACUUUAUCAGCAUUUUAUUCGACCAUUACAACCAUCACACCACCAAAUGUUCGUUCGGGACCUUCGAAAUUAGUAAUCCCUCAAUCGCGAGUCAUUACCACCCAUUGUAUUAAAUUAUUGUCAAAAAAAACUCCACUGAGCUGUACAUCGUAUUCGUAUUCGUAAUCGUAUUAUCUUUACCUAUAUGUAAAUAUUCGUCUAGCAUCUAAGUGUUAGGUUUAUGUCGCGUCCGGCAGAGAUCGAUAAAUAUAACCAGUAUGUGUAUGUAUGUACGUUUUGUAGCAUCUCUCGCUUAAACAACUUGAAAACUUUACAACUUUUGCAAAGAACCAAAUUCGUUGAAUAAAUACGUAACAGAAAAAAUA